AACCAGCCAGGACUACUGGGAAAUUUCCGCCUGCGUGAAGUCCCUUGGGAGAAUGGCCAGAUUUCCACCUCAACCCCGAUAGGCUGUGGAGCAGCCUCUCCGCUCAGCGAUCAUCUGCCAUCUACCAAUGCUGUAGCACAUUACCCACUGGUGCAAUCACACCACAAAGUAUUUUCACCAAUAGAGUCACAAACAGAUGCCCAGUACAGCAUCUCGGGAGUGAGAAAUACAUCUAAUUUUGCUCCCUUGUCAAAGCCAAGUAAUGGACUGAGGUCAGGGCCAGCCAGCAGGCCUACUUCUGGGAGUAGUUCUCGAGGAAAGUCUUCACGGAGUGGCAGCCGCCCAGCAAGGUUUGGAAUAUAUUUAUUUUUUGCAUUUUUUGGAAUAUAUUUUAUCCUGUUGACAUGCAUGUGUUCAUGGUGCUUUUGGUUUGGUUUAUUGAUUUAUCCCAUUUCUUGA